GGUUUGCCAUGUAACAACGUUUCCCUUUGGAAGUCCCUAACUAAAAACUAAAAUCAGAAAUUAAGAUUGAAAACCCUCUUCCAGACAAGCUUUCCAGUCCAAAGCCCCUUCCCUCCUUCGCUUGCUCGCUCGCUCCAAUCUAUUCUUCUCCUCUCUGCAAAAAUAUACAAAUCCCAUCAUUUUUCUUUUUCACCAAACCCCUUUCUUUCUUUUUAUCCAUAUAUACAUAUAUCUAUGCCUUUGUAGCUCCACCAUUGCCAAUUGAAAUGCUUUAGAAACAGAGCAGACUCCUGGAGUUUCUUGUUAUGGACUAUGAAUUUUCAGAUAGUAGCGGUACUGACGACGAUCUACCUCCGUCACAUCAAAGUACAAUUCCAAAGGGGGAAAGAAUUGUAGGAAACGGAAGAUCUGCUGUAGGUUCUGCCACAUACUCUAGAUUGCAUACUGACAUGGAGGCUCAAAUUCAUCAGCUUGAACAAGAAGCUUACAGUGCUGUUUUGCGUGCUUUUAAGGCUCAAUCUGAUGCCAUUUCUUGGGAGAAGGAGGGUUUAAUAACAGAACUCAGGAAAGAGCUCAGAGUAUCAGAUGAUCAACACAGAGAGCUUCUGACUAGAGUUAAUGGGGAUGAGAUUAUUAAAAGGAUCAGGGAGUGGAGACAGGCAGGUGGACACCAAGCUGCCAGGAGCAGUGCAUCACAGCCAGUUCAUGAUAUCGUACCUAGUCCUAGUAUUUCAGGGUCGCGCAAAAAACAAAAGACAUCUCAAACGGGUCAACCGAUGCCUGCUUUAUCUUCUAUGAAGUACAUGCAGUAUCCUUCUACAGGUCCUGCUGGAAAUCAUCAUUAUGUCAGCCGUAGUUCUUCUGGUAACCUUGGAGCAAAUGAACCUGCUGAAGCAACAACUUCUAAUCCAUUAAUUGGAAGGAAAGUGUGGACGAGAUGGCCUGAGGAUAACAACUUUUAUGAGGCUGUGAUAACUGAUUAUAACCCUGCUGAGGGCCGGCAUGCUCUAGUCUAUGAUAUACAUACAGAAAAAGAGACAUGGGAAUGGGUUAAUCUCAAAGAGAUAUCUCCAGAGGAUAUCCAAUGGGAAGGUGAGGAUCCAGGAAUUUCUCUUCGUAGUGUUCAUAGUGGGCCAGGCCGUGGAAUGAGGAAAUCCUCAAGCCAUGGUGGUUAUCCUAGUUUUGGAAGAGGGAGGGGAUCCAUAAGGGGUCAAUCCAGGAUUCCGCCAACCCAGAAUGGUUUUGCAAUGAAAGUUGCCAAUGAAAUUGAAUUGUUCAACACAGUUGCACUAGUUCAGGAGGUGGAGAGGGUUUUUGCUUUGAGCCAUCCUGAUCCCCUUGAGCUUGAGAAGGCAAAAAAGAUGCUAAGAGAGCAUGAACAGGCACUAGUUGAAGCAAUUGCGAGGCUUGCUGAUGCAUCUGAUGGUGAAAGUGGUGAACACCAAUUCUUGCAUGAGCAAGCGAUGGAACGGGAAUAGAGUUUGAUAAGAAGAAUUUGGCAGAAAAGCAUUAGUGGUUGUUGAAGGGUUCAUGGUUGUCGGAGUGCUGAUUGAAUGUCAUCAAUUGCAUCAACCAAGCAAGAACUGACAUUUUUUUCCCUUUACUUUUUCUAAUUUCUAAUUCCUUUUCUGGUUGGAUUUGUACUUCUGAUUCAUUCAAUCAAAAGUUUACUUGUAACAUAUAAUAGAUGGCCUAACUUUUUAUGCACACUUGGAGAAACAGCCACUUCUUCCUGUAGGGGCACUAUAAACUUUUGUAGACUCUUAAUUUUUUCGAUCCGAGUAAAUUGUUUCAUUUUUGAGUUUGACGCUA